CACCGGCUCGCCGUCGCUCCCUCAUCAUCUUCCGCUGUGGCUACAAGCUCGUUCAUCGCUGGGGGGGAUCAAAACAAAACAAAACAACGAAAAACACACCUCGUAUGUUCAAGUCGUCAAUGAUGUAAUGCAAUCAUCCAGACGCCUGUGAGUCAAACAGCGGUAGUCUCCUUUUGUUGUGGAGGAACACGGCGGAGUGGUGCAUGUAAGCUUGUGCACGAUCACACUUGUGUCUGGAGCAGGAUUUGCAUGGAUCAAAGAACCUUCUAUUUCCUGGAAAUCCCAGCAGACGGACAUCAGCAGCCUCCUCCUCUCCCUCCCUGGCUCCUCCUCUAAGAGCCAGUCUGAGCUCUUGAACCAGAUGAAGCUGAGUGCCUCCCCAGUAGCAGCUCUCACAGAGGACCCCACCUGUAACCUGGACUCCUGUGCACCGUGCUGGGCUCCAGUAGCCCACCCAUGCCUGUGAUCCCCAUCCCACGGCGGGUGCGCAGCUUCCAUGGCCCCCACACCACCUGCAUGCACUCGGCCUGCGGGUCGACGCACACCUCCAAGCUAGUGCGCACCAAGUACAACAACUUUGACCUCUACCUGCGCUCGCGCUGCAUGUACAGCUUCCUCCGCUUCCUCCUCUACUUUGGCUGCAGUCUGCUGACCUCUCUGCUGUGGGUGUCGCUCUCUGCUCUCUUCUUCCUGCAGUACAUCAGCGUGCGAGUCCUCCUGCGGCUGCAGUACAAGCUGUCUGUCAUUCUGCUUCUGUUGGGCCACCGGCGCCUGGACUUUGGCGUGCUUAAUGACCUGAUCAUAUACAGCAUGCAGAUCACCAUGUUCCUGGUGGGGGGACUCGGCUGGUGCUUCAUGGUGUUUGUGGACAUGUAGCUUGCGUGAUACAUGUAGUGUAUGAUGUGGACGCUUCAUACUGUAGCUCCGGCUUGGCGUGGUGUUGCAGAACCACACGCAUCCUUGGCAUCUCCUGUAGGACUGCUCUGUCUCUCAGCUCUCGUCAAAAAUACCCUUUUGACACCAACUCAUAAAAUCUUAUUGGUUCAGUGUCCGAUAUGAUACAAUCCAAUGAGAAUCUGUAUAACGUCUGUGUGAUCUUUAAGCCACCGUGUGUGGCCUCAAGGUCUAAAUGUGCAAUCCUUUAAAAAUGUUAGUCAUGUAUAACGCAGAGAACCACGUGGUUGCAACAUCUCAGAAGUGAUGCAUGAAGUCAGUCUGAACAUGAAGGUCAGGCGUGAGUCACGAAGGGACCAAUGGCAUCAAAGUCUCGUAUAUUUUUACUGUAUUUCAUGUCGUUUGUAAUCUGCAAAUUUCGAGGGGCAUCUUGUCUUGAAACUCAUUUGUUUACAAUGAUGGAAAAGGUGAAUGUUGCGCGGAAAGAGUGAUACAUGACUGAUGUGCAUCAUGACUGUGUGAUGCAAGGCAGUCAUUUGUGCCAAAAUAACCCCAAGUUGGGCUCCAAAGGCAAACCAUGGUACCACGGUUAAGAUUGUUCAGAUCACGUUGUGUGCGAACACAAUGUCUUGUAAAUAUAUAUAUACAGCAGAAAUGAAGAUGAUAUACAACAAGUCAUGGUGGGUUAAGUGACCAAAAUAAGAGAACUUGUCAACAACAGUGUGUAUAAUGUUGUUUUUCUGUGGAAGUAGUGGGGCAGGAGAGGGUGGAAAAAAAGGGAUUGCUUAGCCCCCUGAAGUGACAAACAUCCACAUUUUUUGUAAAGUUAUUUAAUAAAUUUUUGGCUCAUGAAA